AUGUCGUAUGCCCAGGUCCUUGCGUUGGCAGUGGCUGUGGUGCAGUACAGAGCCAUGGCCGUUCAUGAAGCAUGCAGGACGGCGGAGGUGGCCGACAUUUUGUUCCUCGUGGGGCAGUCACAGGGCGCAGGGAGGGAGAGCUCCAAGCUGGUCAAGGACUUCAUCGGCAGCAUGGCUCGUUCCUUUGAGAAUGUGGUGAUGGGCAAAGGAGGCAUCCGGCUGGCAGUGGCACUCUACGGGGAGAAACCAAGGAUGAGUAUUGAGCUCACGGAUUAUGUGAACAUCGAAGAAAUGCUGGUGGCAAUUCAGGAUCUCUCCCUCAAAGGCAGCAGCUUAAAAACAAGGUCAGCUCUGGCAUUUGCAGCUCACGCCAUGUCUCGCCUGGACACGCUGCGAGAGGAUGCAGCAAAGGUAGUUGUUUUGAUCAUGGAUGGGAAAUCCGGCGACUCAGUUGAUGAUGAAGCCCAGGUCCUGCAGGAUCAGGGGGUGACGGUGUUUGCUGUAGGAAUUAAGGAUGCUGACAAGAAUGAACUGAACAAGAUAGCUUCAGAGCCCACUGCAGAGCAUGUGCUUUACGUUGAAGAUUUCCACUUACUCCACAACGUGGCCCCCAAACUCUCUCGAAGGCUCUGUUUUACUGCCUCAGAACCACCACGGCCCAUCAAGCAGACUGUGCAAGCUGAGAAGAUCAUCGGCCCCCAGGAUUUGCAUGUCAGUGAGCAGACCCACAGCUCGCUGCGGCUCACGUGGAUGCCAGCAACAGGGAGGGUGACAGGGUACCGUGUCCAUCUACAUCCCUUGCUGCCUGCGGGGCAGCUGGUUUCAGAGGACCAGCAACAGAUUGUGGUGGAUGGUGACAAAAGUACCGUGCUGGUGACUGAUUUGAAACCCAACACCAAGUAUGUCUUUACGGUGAGGGCCGUCUAUGCAGAUGCCCUUGGGGAGUCAGCAGCUGUCAAGGGGAAAACAACACCUGUGCCUCCAGUCACUAAUUUUCGUGUGAUAGAAGAAGGACUUUUUAGCUUGAAGGUGGCUUGGACGCCUCCACUGGGCAAGCUGGAAGGCUACAAGAUCUACUUCCCCAGAGCCAGCAGACCAGGAAUGACAUACGAGCAGGUUCUGCGGGGUGACGCCUCUUCCCACGUGCUGGAUAACUUGCAGGAGGAUAGAGAAUACAAAAUUGGCAUCUACGCAGUGUACCCCCAGGGACCGAGCCAGCCUGUGACUGCUGUGGGGAGAACGUUGAAGCUCCUGCCAGUGAAAAGCAUCUUGCUGCAGAACGAGACCACCAACACACUUCAGGCAAGGUGGAGCCCCAUCCGGGGAGCAACAGGGUACAGGCUCACCUGGACAUCAGCAGAGGGCAGCAUCCAGGAUGUGAACCUCAGCAACACCUACAGCUACUACAUGAUUCAGGGGCUGCAGCCUGGCACAGAGUACACCGUCACCAUCAACCCGAUCUUUGGGGAUGUCGAGGGGCCGGUGGUGAGCGGUAAAGCAACAACGGUGGCAUCAAGCACCGUCCAGAUGCUGAAAGUAAGUGAGAUAUCCAUCCACAGCGCUCUGGUCUCCUGGGACUCAGUUGCUGGGGCCACCGGGUACCGAAUGGCUUGGGGUCCUACACCAGAGUUCUUUGGCAAAGACCGUCCUCGCCAGCUGGCCCUUAACAAGUCGAUCACAGCCUACCAGCUCCGCAACCUGGCCCAUGACACCAAGUAUGUGAUUUCCCUCUAUGUGCUCUUUGGCUCAGUGGAAGGACCAGGGAUCACAACCUCAGCCAGGACAUCGCCUCUUGGCUACGUCUCCAAUUUCAAGGUGAUGUCCUACACCAGCACAAGCCUGUCUAUCGCAUGGAGUGCCACAGCAGCUGCCACCAAAUUCAAAAUCACCUGGAGCCCCGUGGGAGCAGGCAAAGAAAACCAGAUUGCCAAGACUCAGUACCUGGGCAGUAGAGUGUUGGCUUACCGGAUCGACCACUUGCUGCCUGACACCCUGUAUAAAGUCAGCGUUCGGGCUGUCUUCAGCAAGACCGAGGGGCCGGAGGUGACUCUGACUCACCGCACAGGUGGCUUGGAAACCUCCCAGCUUGUUGCAGCAGAGACAGUCUCCUUCACGAUCCCCAAACUGAAGGAGAGCACCACCUACACCAUCUGCAUGUCUGCAAUGAUUGAGGGACGGGAGGGAAGUCCCACGCUCCUCACAGCCAAAACCUUGGAUUUACCCAAAGUGACUGAGUUCACGGUGCAGGAGGCUGCGGAGACCAGCGUUUUGCUGACUUGGGCAGCUGUUCCUGGAGCAUCCACGUACCUAUUAACAUGGCACUUGUCCUCAGUCUGUGGCAAGUUCAAAGCAGACAUUGGGUUCCUGGUGGACGAGUCCUCAAGUAUUGGCCAGAGCAAUUUCAAUAAAGUGAAGGAUUUCAUCUUCCGGAUCAUUUCCUAUUUCCCUAAGAUUGGGCCUGAAGGGACACAGGUUGCUGUUGCACAGUACAGCGAGGAGCCCAGGGCGGCCUUCCACUUCAACCAGCACCGGGACCGCAACAGUGCCCUGAAAGCCAUCAAGGGGCUGCACUAUGCUGGAGGCAACACAAAAACAGGGAUCCGCGUCAUUGCUGUGGGUGUCUCAGGAGCUGACCCCAUUGAGCUCAACACCAUCUUGCUGCAGCAGAACCUCCAGAACGUUUUCUACGUCAGCACAUUUGAUGACUUCCCCCAGAUCCUCCGAGAGCUGAUAGAAGUCAUUUGUUCUGACCCUCAGCCUUCAGGAGCCCAGCUACCAUCUGGGGAGGGCGAACCAGGCUAUGUCCUGGGAGGAGUGGAAGUGAUUCCCGGCCGAAAUGGGCAGCCUGGCCCCACUGGACAGAAGGGGCAGCCGGGGGUUCCUGGAGUAGCAGGACCACCAGGUUUACCAGGUUUACCAGGGCCACAGGGACCACCGGGCAUCUCCAUCAAG